UAGACUCUCCGGGCUGUUCGUUCUUGGGGCUUCCCCCGCUCCGCGGCCUACAAUCCCCAUGGUGCCCCGCGGGGGAUGCCGUACGUGACGCACGGGGGCGGGGCGGGACUCGUCUCUCCCCUGCUGUGUCCCCUUCCCUCGGCUCGGCGGGCGCCAUGUUGGCUUGAGAGGAAGAUGACAGGCAGCGGCUGCGGGCGCGGGGCAGAGAGCGGAUCGCACUGAGACGGCCCCAGCCCACGGCGAGACGAGGCAGGGCAGCCCGCCCGGCAGUGGGGUCCCCGCCGGGCCGCUGAGGGAGCCGUUGGACGGGGGAGGCAGCGGCGAUGAGAGCAGAGACCUGAGGCUGCUGCGGGCUGGAGGCGGCUGCCGUUUAAAUUCCCCUUGAGGCGCUGCCGCUCCCGGAGCGGUGUGGGGGAGGGCACCCCGGGCCGGGGAGAGACGCUGCCCUUCUCCCUCGCCCGCAGACACCGUGCAGGGUGGUCCGCCCCCGGCACCCUCCCCGCCUCCUGGGAGGACACAAACUUCAGCCGCUCGCUCCGGCCGCCGGAAGGUCGCCCAGCCUGUCUGGGUCGCCCGCUUUAAUGAGGAGGUGACUUGGGCGCAGAGCUAUCCCGUGAAUCAUCCCGUCAUUAUCCGUCUGGGCUGGAGAAGGAAGAAAAACCCCCGCCCGCAGUUCAUGUCACUGUACAGCCCUGCCUGGUCCACCUGGCACCGCUGCUGCUGACAAGGAUCUGCUGCCAUCUCCGGGCUGCUGCUGUGCCCGCUGGAGACCGGCUCCUCUUGGAUAUUUCCCCCUCAACAAACAGCCUCGUCUCUGCGUAUCCACCACUCACAGUAACAUUGAACUUACUGCCGCCGUACCGGGCGCGGAUCCCUUGCUGUGCGAGCCUGGUAUUAUUUUUUUUUUAAAGUUGUUUUAAACCACUAGAGUAUAACAGCAAGAUGUCCAGCAGUGUCCCAGCUGACAUGAUAAAUUUGCGCCUCAUCUUGGUAAGUGGGAAAACGAAAGAGUUCUUGUUUUCACCAAAUGAUUCUGCUGCAGAUAUUGCAAAACAUGUGUAUGACAACUGGCCUAUGGAUUGGGAAGAAGAGCAGGUCAGCAGUCCAAAUAUUCUGCGGCUUAUUUAUCAAGGACGCUUUCUUCAUGGCAAUGUGACACUAGGAGCAUUAAAACUUCCUUUUGGCAAGACAACAGUGAUGCAUUUGGUGGCUAGAGAGACAUUGCCAGAGCCAAACUCUCAAGGUCAGAGGAACCGUGAAAAAACUGGAGAGAGCAAUUGCUGUGUGAUCCUGUAAACUCUGUCUGCUUUACCUGCUAAGUGUGAUGUAAUAUAGUCUUUGUCUUUCAUGCUGCUGCAAUAGAAGAGGGCCAGCCUUGCGUCAAACAUCUUUAGGAAGAGCCUGUCAGUAAAUCCAUUGAACUGAAAUAUUACAUAAACACUGUCACAUUAUUCUCUUUUUCAAAGGAGAGAUCUAUGAACAAUUGCAUUAUGAUUUUAUUUCUAUUUUUUCUUGCUGAAUAAUCUUGUAAUACAUCAGUUCUUGAAUGCGUUCAAUCUCCAGAAAAAGUUAGUGUUCUCUUCCACAGCAGAAACCAUUUUGCUGCCACAAAAAUCUUCAUUAACCGGAACUAAUCAAUCAAGCUUUCUAGAUGCAAUUUGCACUAAAAACAGUUGACAGUAUGUUUCUCUUCGGCAAUCUCUAAUGAUAUUUGAGACACAUAGAAAUAAUCUACAAUAUGUAAUACAACACUGGAAAAUAGAAUCCAUAAUUUAAAAAAGCUCACUAAUGGCCAACUCAAAGGAAAAACUGAAGUCAAUUCUACCAAGUCAACCUUGGUGGCCGAACUGGCACAGAAUACUAACUAAACCGAGCCUCGCUAUAUAUAUUUUCACUGCAACAAACAAACAAAAAAAACUAUGUGCCUGUAAUUUAAAAGCACUCUGUAGAGGGCUGUUGAAACUGGUUUUUUUUUCAUUAUUAUAUGCACUCUUUUCUCCUACGUUAGUUGAGUGCUUGUUCAUACAGCACAAACAAGUGCAGAGUGCAUUUCCUAGCCUUAAUAUGGGAGGGGUAAUUUCCUGUAGUUCAUAGGCUUUUAUUAUUGUGCAUAAAUAUUAGAAGACUUCAUUUACUAAUCAAUUUUAUGUAUUUGAAUAUCAGCAAUUGAUGUUUUUCGGUAAUUCUUACUCCUCUGUAUCUGUGUCCAGAGUCAUGCUUACUCAUAAGAGACUUCAAAAGAAUUAUUAAAGUUAAAAGAAAAAAACCUUUGCCAUAGUACUAGUUUUGUUUCUUUAUGUAAUCUGCAUUUGGUAUUAGUGCUUGCAAGUGUAUUAAAAUCAGAAGCUGAUUUUUAAAGGCAUACAUAAUUAAAAAGGAUGCCAUUUUAUUUCAUAUCAAUAAUUUAAAGGUUGAUAUGCUAAAGAAAUUUGCACAGCACUAAAGCAUGAGCUAGUUUCAUCUAAACCUGUAAAAAUAUAAAAGAUUUUAUAUUUUUUUCACUCGGGAAGAAUUCUUCCUGGAUGAAAUUACAAAUAAGUGUAGAAUAUAUUUAAUAAAAAUCUUAUAAAAUGCAUAACUAUAGAACUUAAAUAUGGAUUGGCGUGUAGCAUAAUAAAACAAUAUUCCAUAUAAAUAGCAUUAGCCUUAAAAAAAAUAAAAAAAUAAAAAAAAGUCACAGGUUGACAUUGUGUUCUGUACUUAAUAAGUGUUCACAGCCCUUACAGAUGUUCUGUGUAAUUGUUUUUUCAAAUGGUCAGCAUCAUUCAAAUGUAAUCAGGUUAUUUUACCCAUUGUUACUGCUUUGAUGAAAUGCUUUAUAUGCCAUAGGCCUACAAAAAUAUUGUUCAUACUGAUCAGAAUUAAAUUUGUAUAGAGCAGAGUUUUAAAACAAAUUGUAAAUAGCACUAAACAUUUUCUUUCUGCAACCUGUACUGAUAGAUUCUUCUGUAAACUAAAUAAAAGAAUAUUGUAGUGCA